GUAAAAAGCAAGCUCAAAAUCCAUGGCCUUUGGUCUAAUGUAAAUCAAAAUUAUGCAGAUUGGAAUGAAAACUUCAGAAAGCAGGAAAAGGAUCAAAACUAUCUUUUCGAAGGAAUUCCAUGAUGUUUGCAUCCAAUCUCCACCUGCUCCAACUUCUGCUGUUAACCAUCGUUUGCCUGACCUCACAAGCUGCAAAUCCUGACUGCACCCAUGUUGCAGACUUUGGCAACUGUGUAGGUGACACAAAUGAUUUUUGCCCUAAAGGGAUUGCCUGCGGUUGUAAAGAUAAAGCUCCUUAUUGCAAGUGUCCCUCCUACCGAAACAAAUGGGCAGAUUAUUGGUACAUGGGGCCCAAAUGUAACUACCUGUGGAGCACCCUGGACUUGAUUUUGAUGAUCGCAGUACCUGCAGUAACAUUGUCUAUGGUUGUCUUCACCUUAACGAAGUGGACUGCCUACUGUAGAAGCCAGCCGAAAAAGAGCAGAAGUCAAGAAAGGCAACCAGGGCGCCCAGCUUCUGCCAUGCCAAAUAACCCCCAAAGACAGCUGGAAGCCCAGCCCAAACAAAUGUCAGUGUUUCCCAGGCCUUUGGCCCAAAACCAAGCGGAGAUCCCCUUUCCUGAUAGAUCCAGCUACUCACCCCAGAGACCUCUUCCAAGGGCAGUCCCAUCUGCCCAAGCUGGCCAGAGUAACCACUGGGUGAAUGAGAUACCAAGUGCGGAUUAUGAUCAAGAAGCCCCAUUUGAAGAGGUGCCUAUGAGGCUGUUUCCGAAACCUAAGGUAUCGGUUCGUGACUAUGGGAAGAACAGUUCCCAGCCAAUGAACCAUCUCAUUGCUAAUGCACCCUCUAGAUUUGUUAAUCCACAGUAUGCAUAUAACUAAAAGGAACUUCAGAAA